AUGGUGGCAGCCGGAAAGAUUGCCCUACCUGAGCACUGGACCGAGCUCAGUGCGGCCCGGAUACAGCGCAAGAGAUGCGCCGACGAUGUCGACGCCAUCAAGAAGGCCUGCCUAACAGAGUGCGGCCAGCGACACGUGGUGGAUUGUGAAAAGUGCUUUCCAAAGACUCUAGAUCGCAUGCGCGCUCGGUACUGCGAGGCCGAGGGCAGGGAGUGGUUCACGCAGCGAACGGCGUUCCUUAAUGAGCUGGACACCCUAUUCACUGACGUCAAGGACCACAAGAUCGACCUCAGGUCCAUCGAGGAUAGAAUCGAGGCGGAGAAGGAAGCCUGGUAUCGAUGGGUGCUCCGCAUGUAUCCUCAGUUUCUGUCCGCUGCCGACAGCGGUGCCGACCAGGAUGAGCUGAGGGCCAUGCUGGAUGACCCGGACAGGUCGCGCGAAGAGCUUAUCGAGAGGAUCUGGGAGGGCGUUGGCAAGGUUCCAGGCUGGUCUUCCGAAGUGGACAACAUCACGCUCAAGGUCGAGGAGGACAAGAACUACGGGGCAGAUCUCAAGCAGCGCUACAUCGCAUGGUUCUUCAAAGACCGAUUGACUGGGGCGUUGCUCGAGCACGCACAAAAGUACCUCGACGCGUACGAGUCGAGCGAGUCGAUGACCAUCGAGGAGGUCAUCGACCGCAUCUCGCAGGAUCGCAAGGCGAGUCUCAGCUCGCAGCCGCAGCGGGAUAGCCAUAGGAGAAGGCUAGAUGAGCUACGAAGGGCCAAGACGGCUUUUGAACAUAAGCAGAACAUGGCUAGGGCCCAGGCGAGUCAGACCCCCGUUGUUGCCGAGGAGCUAUACGACCUUCCACCAUGCGCAGUGUGCGGCGGAGCGGCGGAUCAGAAGAACGUCCUAUCGUGCUCGCUGUGUCAAGCUGUGACACAUCUGAGCGGCCAGAAGAGGCUAACGGUGUAUUGCUCGGAGGAGUGUUUUAACAAAGGACAUGAGGAACAUAUUGAAAAGGAACACGACUGUGAGGCGGGAGAAAGAUGUGCGCAAAACUACGACGAUGAUACUGAGAUGUCGGACGGGGAAUAUCAGGCGGUUGUUUGUAAGGACUGUGUCGAGCAGAAGGAGGCCUCGCUGUUCUGCACGGAGCGGUGCGCUGCGGCGAACCUGCCCCGGCACAUGGAAGAUAAGCACGGAAAGACGGCCGGGGAUGAGGUCAAGAAGCUGGCGGAGCCGCUGUCGGAGCUAUUGGAGAAGAGGUUGAAGGAGAGUAAUCCGGGGUUGAAGAUUUCGCUGGCCGAAUGA